GAGCCCCGGGGGAUUCGGGGAACCGCGUGCCCGGGGGGCCUGGACGGGGCUGGCUUGCAGGCCCCCGGCCCCCAUAUAAGGGCCCGAGCCCGCUGCCCGGCCUUCCUCACUCCCAGGAGCUCAGCGUGUCACAGCCACAGCCAUGAAGUGUCUCCAGCUCGCCCUGGGCCUGGCCCUUGUGUGUGGCCUCCAGGCCAUCGUCAUCCCCCAGACCAUGAGGAACCUGGAUAUAAGAAAGGUGGCUGGGAUGUGGCACUCCAUGGCUAUGGCGGCCAGCGACAUCUCCCUCCUGGACUCCGAGGCCGCCCCCCUGAGAGUGUACGUCCAGGAGCUGAGACCCACCCCCGAGAACAACCUAGAAAUCAUUCUGCGCAAACGGGAAAACCGCGCCUGUGUUGAGAGGAACAUCAUGGCGCAGAAGACUGAGGACCCCGCCGUGUUCAUGGUCGACGACCAAGGGGAAAGAAGGAUUUCCGUGCUGGACACAGACAACACCCACUACCUGUUCUUCUGCAUGGAGGCGCCCACGCCCCACGCUGGGAACGGCAUCAUGUGCCAGUACCUGGCCAGGACCCUGAAGGUCGACAACGAGGUCAUGGAGAAAUUCAACAGAGCCCUCCAGACCCUGCCCGUGCCCAUGCGGAUCAUCCUGGACCUGAGCCAGGGGAAGGGUCCCAGAGAUGACAUCGCCCCCUUCCUGCCCCAUCAGAGGAAUCAGGAGGGACCGAGCCCACCCGGGGCUCCCAGACCUGCUCCUCCUCAGGCCGCGGGGUCCUCGGGGCCCCUGCUCUGAGCCUCUCCUCCUCCAGCAAUAAAGGAAUCAAGCAGC